UUGUAAGGUAGAUUGGAGGGGGUAGGUGAACCAUGUGAUCAUCGAGAACCAAUCAGCUGUUUAACAUUGUCCUGCCGCCAAGCCAAGCUCGUCUGACGUCCGUGAUCCUAUGUGCAUGCAAGUCUGCAACUUCCAAUUACUUUAUUAUGCAGGAGUAGAAGAUUAAAAAGGAUGGAUAAUUUAUAAUAUACAACAAUCAGCCAACUAUAAUAUUUCGUGCGUAGGAUUCAAUUUAUCCUCGAUAGCAUUCUAAGAUUUGUGUCACAAGUGUCGCCAUUUUGGUGAUACGGCAAGCUAAGCCUGCAAGUGUACCUAUGAUCUUUUUAUUUUGGCUUAGUAUUUGGGCGAUCUGUGGGAUCGUUUCCGACGUCGAACGAACGCAAUAAUUAUAGAGAUGACACAACAAAAUAAAACGAUGAAUUUCUUAAUACAUGACGCCAAUGGUCAUCCACAGGUGAUAAAGGUUGUACAAAGUACACCUAAUAAAUCAUUAAGUGGUAUUAUUAACACGACAAAUACUGGUAGUUUUAAAGUUUUUAAAACACCAACUCAAGAAUCACAGGUUCUGUCACCAAAUGCACAAGUCCUCAGAACUAUUAGCCUACAAAGUUCUUCAACCCCUGGUCAGAGAUUGGUGACAAUACCUUUGCAAAAUACAAAAUUAAGUACUACUAAACCUGGAGAACCUGUAGUAACAAAAACAAUACAAUUAACAUCUGCUCAAAUGAGUGAUAUUAAGCAGGCAAUAGUAUCCCAGCAACAGCAAAGUAGUAAUCAACAGCUUGUUAAGGAUGUAUCAGGGAAAACAUUUAUUAGUCCAAUAUUGGAUCACAGUGGUUCUAGAAAACGACAAGAUACAGAAAGUGAUUUUGUGCCUGAUAAAAGAAGGAAAACAGAAAAGGUAGGGAAAGGUCUCCGUCAUUUUUCGAUGAAAGUAUGUGAAAAAGUAAAAAAAAAAGGUACCACGUCGUAUAAUGAAGUGGCAGAUGAAUUAGUUGGAGAAUUUACUAAUCCUGCGCAUAUAAAUUCAUUAACAGAUCAGCAAUAUGAUCAAAAAAAUAUAAGGAGACGUGUAUAUGAUGCUUUAAAUGUAUUAAUGGCAAUGAAUAUUAUUUCCAAAGAAAAGAAAGAAAUUCGGUGGUUAGGUUUACCAACUAAUUCAUUACAAGAAUGUUUAGCACUAGAAAAAGAUAAGAAAAAGAAAAUUGAAGUAAUUAAAGCAAAGACACAACAACUUCAUCAACUCAUUCUUUCACACAUUUCGUUCAAGAAUUUGGUAGAACGUAAUCGUUUAAAUGAAAGUCUUCAUGGACCACCAAAACCUAAUUCUGCCAUACAGCUGCCAUUCCUUAUAGUUAAUACCAGCAAAAAGACUAUUUUAGAUUGCAGCAUUUCAAACGACAAAACUGAGUACCUGUUUAAUUUUAAUGAUAAGUUUGAAAUUCAUGAUGACAUUGAGGUUUUAAAACAAAUGGGUUUGGCCUUUGGUCUAGAAAGAGGUAACUGCUCCGAGGAGAAUUUACAGACUGCAAAAUCGAUGGUUCCUAAAUCGCUUGCAAAAUAUGUGGAACAAUUAGCAUCAGGUGAUCUGGAACAAUUCAUCCCAGUCACAAUACCUGGUCCUAGUACUUCUAUGGAAGACUUAGAAGUUAAAUUAGAAGGUUCUAGACCCCCAUCUUCAUCGCAUACUUCGUUAUCUGAAGAAGGUCUUUCACCACCAUCUCAAUAUUAUUCUGAAGAAGAAGAUGAUGAAGAAGAGAGCGAUCAGGAUGAUCAAGCUGAUAGUGAUCUAGAAGUUAACUAGCACCUGGAUCAAACUUCCCAAGGCUGGACUCAGGGUUCGUUACGUUAUGAUAUGCACUAUUUUCAUCAGUGGUGUCAACGUGAUCAUUAUCAAUAUCACCACUGACAUCAUCGUUACCGCCCCAAUCACCACCGUCUUUACUAUGUCGAUCAAGAUUAUGUAGAUGUAUAAUAGUAAUCAAGGAUUUUUUAUUAAUCCUUACUAUCAUCGAUACAUAUAAUCUGAUAAAGUAAAUGAGAAUGGACAAGAGGAAAAUACAUCGAUUGGAGGCAAAUGAAAACAAGUAAUAAAUAAUUACUUUGCCUAAAUAUAUCAGCAAGGCUCUUUUCAUAUUAGGAAACCAGUUCAAUGCACAAGAUGUGAUUCUAAUUUUGAAAACGUAUGUAAUAUCAAAAAAACCAUUGACUGUGCAUUGAUUUACAGAUUUAUAUGACUAGCACUUAUGUAUAAUAAAUUAUAAUCUUAGCCUUAUACCUACAUUAAUAUGUGUAUAAAAUAUUAAGACCAGUACUCAUUUUCUUAUGGCACGUUUAUAAUAAUUAUUAUCAGUGACACGCGGUGAAGUUCAGUAUGCUAAAUGCGAAUACGUCUGAUUCGAUUUUGAAGUAUAAAUAAAUUGUCAUAAUGCUAUUGUUCUAUUUUUUUAUUAAUUUUUAGUAUAAAUGUUUAUUCAUAAGGUUACCUGUCCAAGUAACUUGAAGCGAUGAAACAUUGAAAUAAUUAAUUGUAAUAUAUAAUUGGAAUCUGGUGCAAAUGAAAGGUUUCUAAAUAUAUAUAUAUAGAAGUUUAUUAAUAAUUUAUAAUUUAGACUUUAUAAUUAUUCUAUCAGAAAUAAGAAUGAAAAAAAGAAAAAAAUUCUAUACAUAUAUAUAUCAUUAGUUACAAGAUACAAAAUAUGAUUAGUUUUAUGACAAAGUUGUUAUAUAGUUUGUUAAAGCUAUAAUCUUUGAAUCAAAAAUGAAAAUAUAUGAACUUAAUGUUUAUUACAUCAAAA